CCUUCCUCCUUCAGAGCAAGCAAAGAUAGAAUUUAUAAAGAGAGAGAUAUUCAAAACUUAGUUUCUCUUUGUAGGUAAACAAUGGCGGCAUCGUCUUCCUUCAAGUUUCUCCUUGCCGACUUUGCCUCUGACUCUCCCUUCAUUCCCUCAAACUACAUACGACCGGCCGGUGACCGACCAGAGCUCGAUGGCGUCGAAAACUCAGGUGAAGCCAUCCCUGUGAUUGAUCUUUCAGGUCUGAAUGGCCCUCAUCGCCACAAGGUGGUCACUGAAAUCGGCAUGGCAUGCAAAAAUGCUGGCUUUUUCAAGGUGAAAAAGCACGGCAUUCCAAAAGAGGUCCUCCACCGCAUGCUCGACGCUUCCAAGGCCUUCUUCCUCCUUCCCGAAUCAGUAAGACUAAAGAACUACUCCGACGACCCCACGAAGAGCACCCGCCUCUCCACCAGCUUCAACAUUGCAACGGAGAAGCUUCCGAGCUGGAGAGACUAUCUCCGCCUCCACUGCCACCCAAUCGAAGCCUUCAUAAACGAGUGGCCUUCGCAGCCGCCGUCCUUCAAGCCGGCGGCGGCUGACUAUGCCUCGCACGUUCGCCGCCUCGCGCUCCGCCUUCUCAGCGCGAUAUCGGAAAGCCUUAGCCUGAAGAGUGGAUACCUCGAAAGCGCGCUUGGGAGGCACGCGCAGCAUAUGGCGAUCAAUUACUAUCCACAGUGCCCGCAGCCGGAGCUCACGUAUGGCUUGCCGGCGCAUAAAGACCCUAAUGUUAUCACGAUUCUGAUGCAGGAUGGGGUGACCGGUUUGCAGGUGAUGAGGGAUGGAAAAUGGGUGGCGGUGGAGGCGGAAGCCGGUGAGCUAGUGGUGAAUGUUGGGGAUCAGCUUCAGGUGCUGAGCAAUGGCAGGUACACGAGCGUGCUACAUCGAGCAGUGGUGAACAAGGACAUCGAGAGGUUGUCGGUGCCGACGUUUUACUGUCCGGGGCCUGAGACGGUGGUGGAGGCGGCUGAGGAGUUAGUUGACGAGGAGCAUCCCAGGUUGUAUAAGAAGUUUACAUACGGGGACUAUUCUGAAAAGUUUUGGAAGGGUGGGCUAAGGAUGGAGAGCUGUCUCGACUUGUUUAGGGAAAGUGAGUGAUGAUAAGGAUUGUUUGGAUUAACAAACAGUGCGAUAUCUUGAUCUCAAAAAGCUGGAAUUAGUUCUGAUAUCAAGUAAAAAUACACAGCUUAUCUUGAUUUGUUGGUUGGGAGCUUAUGCUAUCAAUCGGGAGAUCUUGGAUUACAAAUUUCAAUCUUGCGUAUGUGAUGUAGUUCGUAUGAAUUUGUCUUAAUUGACCUAAAUGUCUCAAAAAAAAAAAAAAUCAAGUAAAAACUGUGUGAUGCCUUUCCUAUUUUGUUCAAAUCAAGUGAAUGAAGAUAUUAAUUAUUUCUCCU